CGCCGCCAUCUUGCGGAAGGGGAGCCGCGCCGCCCGGCGGAAGUCUUGUUAGGCACGGGGUGGGGCUGCGCGACCCCGAGGGGCGGGGCCAGGCCAUGGCGGCUGUGCAGCCCGACGGGCGCGCGGUGCGGGCUCCUGCCAGGACACCCCGACCUGGCGGGGCCACGGACCCAGCGCUAGGAGCUGUGGGGCCACCCUCGGGGCAGAGUGGUAACAGAGCUCUCCGGCCGGGGGAGCGCACCCCCGCCGCCGUGGAGAAGCGGGGGCCCUACAUGGUGACGCGCGCACCCUCCAUUCAGGCCAAGCUGCAGAAGCACCGGGACCUGGCCAAGGCCGUUCUGCGGAGAAAGGGCAUGCUGGGGGCCUCGCCGAACCGCCCCGACUCUUCAGGGAAAAGGUCAGUGAAGUUUAACAAGGGCUAUACUGCUCUUAGCCAGAGUCCAGAUGAAAACCUGGUGUCCCUUGACUCUGACAGUGAUGGGGAGCUGGAAUCCAGAUACUCCUCGGGGUAUUCCUCUGCAGAGGUGAACCAGGAUGUGAGCCGGCAGCUGCUCCAGGAUGGGUAUCACCUGGAUGAGAUUCCAGAUGAUGAGGACUUAGACCUCAUUCCGCCUAAGCCUGUGGCCUCUUCAACAUGUUCCUGCUGCUGGUGCUGUCUUGGGGACUCUUCUUCCUGUACCCUCCAGUAGACAUAACCUUCCAAGAUGGGCCCUGUUCACCAUGAGGCUACAGAACCCUGUUGGCCCCUCAUAGCUCACAGAAUGCAGUGGGAACUGCUGUCAGCCCAGAGUCACUAGAGGCACUGACUCUGGGAAGUCAGUAAUAUUUCAGGUAGCUCUUAUCUGGUGCUUCUCAGGCCAGGGGGCCACAUCUGGGCUGUUCGGUUAGAAGUGGAAUUCUGCAGUUUUCUUCUGCUGUUGGAGCAGAGUUUGGAGAAGGCACUUUAAUAAGGGCAGGAACAGAGGAAUUCUGAUUUUCAUGGUGGGUGACAAAGGUGGCAAAAGAAAACACUUGCUGCAGCCAUCUUGACUGGUAUUUGUCAUGGUGCUUUAGGUCACAAAGGUGGCAAAAGAAAACACUUGCAGCCAUCUUGACUGGUAUUUGUCAUGGUGCUUUAGGAGGGGAAAAGAAGAGCUUUUGUGCCCAGUCUAUGCUGGAUAGUGUUGUAUGGAGGCAGAAAAUAGCACUUUAUGGGUUGUAGCCUGGGAAUCUGAAGAAGAAUUUAACUGUAUGAGACCAGUUCGGGAAAUUACACAUGCUCUCCUCCUCAUCCCAGCUCUAAGAUGGGUUACAGGUUUACCUUUAAGAGAGCGUAAAGUGGGUCCUUUUGACCCUCUUCAGGUUACACCUGUCUAGCUAUGGCGGUAUUACAGCAGGUUGCUUAAUAACCCAACAGGAUCAUGGCCUCCAGAAUCCCUGGACCUGGGGUAUCCCCAGCUGGUCCAACUGUCUGAGUGGGUUUAGUGACUCUGGUGGGCCCUUCCCUAGUUAGAGAGAAACUGUUCCAACAUGUACGUAUUUGUUUAUUUGUAUUUCCUUGGUCUUGGCUAGUCUUUUCACCUGGUGUCCAGCUAAAGAUUGGGUUGAAGGUACUCUAGCCCCAGUGCCUGCAGUUUUUGUUCUUACCACCAGAGAGCUGCAGGGAGCAGUCUGGUGCCGCCUUAUUUGUUUAGCUUUUUAAACUUGAGAAGUAGCAGUGAGUGAGAGUAGGUACACUGGUAUAGCUGUGUAGGCAUUGGCCUAGAGGCUUACAGACAGGAUGGGGAGGAGAGGCCUAAGCUAGCUUCUAGGCCCCUGCCUGAGAUCAAUCUGCCAGUGCUGAGGGCUUCCCCUCAUUCCAGCAUGCACCAUUUUAUUGCCAGAUUGUUCUGGUUACAGCAUGGUCCUCACAGUGGAUACUCAGUAGGCUUUAUAGUAAUCCUCUGGGUAUAACAUAGCUUCUUGGCCCCCAGCCUGAACACAGCAGAAACAGGCAUAAUUUCCCUUGUGACUGCCCCUACCCUGACCCUGUGGAUAGCAUCUCUUGCUACACCAAGCCUUUGUAGAAUUUAGUUUGUCAGUAGUUCCUUUAUUUUUUUGCCUCACCCACGACUACAGUGAGGUUUCAGUGGGCCUAUCCAGGGUUCCUAGCCCAAGGGCAUGGUGGUCAAGAUUAGGGUAUAGGCCCCAUGUGGGAAAGUGUCCAGUCUGUUGCUUCACUUGGUGUCCUGGGACCACUAGAGGCACAUGAGGGAUGAUUUGGCUUCCUUUUGCUCUAUAAGAGAUGAUUAAGAGACUGAGAAGAUUAGAUAAAAAGAGGCCUUACUGGUCAGAUAGCUAUCCUUGUGAGGAUAGUCCUAUUAUUGAUAGUACUUAAUGGGCACAAUCUUUGUGUUUCUCUAAUUGUGGAAGG